GCCCUGGUCUCCUCCCGCUUUCCAAAGGCAUGCAAGGUGCUGUAGCUUUCUCCCACUGUCCAACAACAAAGUGUUACAGGCUCAGAGAAGCAUGGGGACCUUAAACUGUACACUUGGUGUUGUUGUGUGUCUCUGGGGGACUGUUAUUGCUGUAACACAGGCUGUCAGCUUGUGUGUUGGUAUUGGUGAGAUAUUGAACUGCAGCCAGAAGAGGCUAACACAAAUACCUCCAGAGAUCUGGGACAAUGUGACUGUUCUGGACUUAUCAGGGAAUUUCUUGGACCUAACUGAAACCAGAAACCAAAAGCAGCUGGAGAGGUUUCAGUCCUUGGUAUUCCUCAACCUCACGGGCAACUACCUCCCCCUGCUGGAGAGAAAGACCUUCAACAGUCUACAAAACCUGCAAGUCCUUGAUCUUAGCAGUUGCCACAUCAAGCAAAUAAAGGCUGGGGCUUUUCAAGGCUUCCCGAAACUGAAGAGCCUUCUGCUGAGGAACAACAAACUGUGGGGCUCUUUAACUACUGCCAUCCAAGAUCUGACAGUUUUGUCCUUUUUGGAUCUCCAUGGCAACAGGCUUGACAAACCACAGCCUUCAUCUUUAGAGUGGCUGAAGGGAGUAGGAAAUGUGAUUUGGCCAAGUGGUUCAGAUGACAUGAUUCUCAAACCAGAAAAUAAUUCAGAAGAGAAUGAAAUACACCACACCACCUGGAGAAGUGGCCAGAGAAAACUAUUGGAGGCAACCGUGGAUAAAUAUAACACAACAGCUAACUUUAAUAACACAUCAAAGGAUGAUGGGAAAAGUGGGAAUUCCUGGCAGUACCUGAUAGCGGUGCUGGUGACAGCAAUCUCCCUCUCUGUGUUCAUUGCACUGGUGGUCAAGUGCAAACUUUGCCACGACUACCUGGCCAGCUAUCGGCACACCCUGCUGUCUGAGACGGACACGGCCAGCCGUUGCGACACCGAGAGUCUGGAGGCGGGCCUGGCAGGCCGAGGGCCUCAGAGCUCCGCCUCGUGUGAGCUGGAGGAUGACGAUGGCUUCAUUGAGGACAACUACAUCCAGGCCAGCGAGAGGGAGAGGGCCGAGAGACAAGGAGAGGAGGAGGAGGAGGAGAACAGAGACGAUGAAAUUCAGUUUUCAAUCACUUAAAGAGAAGACAGAGGAAUUAUGGGGAGGGUUGCUAGUCUGAUCCAGAUUACCGGGUCAAAGUGAAAACUCCUUUCUUUCAUGGAGUACAAAAACAAAACACCAAAGUAAUGUUUGGGUUUUUUUACAGCACCGGUAUAAAUCCAUCUUUAAAAUCAUUUUCCACAGGCACUGAUCGAUGGGGCAACUUGAUCAUUUGUCCUGUCUGUGCGGAUCAAUUUUGAAUGCUUCUGUACCAGAUGAUGGGCAGAAGUUUCCUACAUGUUUAGCUAUGACAGAUUAAAGUUUUACAAUCUGUAAUAAAUUGAACAUUAAUAAUUAGCUGAUUCAAUAAAUCUAUAAUAACAAUAUAAUAAUUAAGAUUGUGGGCAGUGGCAGAGUGUAAAUUCAGAAUUGAUGUUGUAGGGUUUUCUUGAUUUACUGUAGUUAUUUUAAUCAGCUUUAUGGAUUUAUUUAUUUUAAGCAGUUUUAUGGACACCUCUUUUAGGGGUCCAGUUAAAACAGCAGCACCUGGGGAGCUGUCCCACUCACCCAGUUAGACCAGUAACCAUGUGGUUUCGCUUGUGAUGAGCUGAACUGGAAUACAAACAUGUAGACACACCAAACCUCCAGGAUCAGGACUGGCCAACCCUGUAAAAAACAAAAAUUGGCUCCUUUAAGAAAAUUCUUAAGGAAACCCGAAGGCUAUCUCAUUGAUGAUCGCCUUUCAUUUGACCGAUUACACUGACAGUGAAGAAAAAGAUUAUUUGAAUGACUCCUGUGUUGAAGCUUUGUAAACAUGUGGAGCAAGCACUGUGAAUACAAAAAAGUCACAAAUUAACAGUUUUUAAUUUAACAUUUUGCAGAUGUGUAUAUUUUAAGUUAAAGACUUAUAUAAAAGUUAUAUUUAUACAGUAUAUGAUUAUUCUACAGUUUUAACACUCCUGGUAUUAAAAACAAACACAGAGCACAGUAUACAGUACUAAGUAGCAGAGGUUAAGUCCAUGCAGAAAAGUAGAGAAAAAUAUAUUUGUAUUAUUCUUUCUACUUUUCAGCAUGGAUUUAACCUCUGCUUGUUACUUUACAGCUCCCCGCACAAUCCUCUUUAUAAUAUGCUGAAUUGUGUUCAAGGGGCAGCAUGUCU